CAGAGACCCACUGUGAUGGCCCCUGUUUCCCUAGUGGGGAGCAUCGCCCUGUUGUUCCCACUGAUCUUCAGGGCGUCCACGUGGGCAUGUCUCUUCUGCUUCACCAGCCAUGAGGAACGCCUUCGUCUCUGCCAGCUGUUUGUGGGCACAGAGGGCCCCAAGCUGGGCCAGUGUAAAGACGCACUCACAGCUGCCUUUGAGGGUCUCUCAGACGUGGAAAUCAACUAUGACGAGAGGGGGCACCUUCAUGAUGCUUUCACACAGAUGAUACUCGCCCUCCAGGAGGUGGCUGCAGCUCAGGGUGAGCCUGCCUGGGCUGCCUUCCCUAUCGCUGCAGCAAAAAUGAAGAAGACCAUUCAACAGCUUAAAAAAGUCCAGGACUGCAUCCCUCCUUGUGGUGUCCAGGAGGUCAGUAGGCGUUUCUACUGCUGGGGCUGCUUUUCCACAGUCUGUGACCUCCCUCUAGACUGUCCAGUUCAGGACUUAACGGUGAAGCGAGGGGAUCAGGCUUUGUUUUCUUGUGUCGUGGGCUUCCAGUUGCCUGAAUCGGAGCUCACUUACUCAUGGAAAUUCGCGGGAGGAGGUCUCCGGACUCAGGACGUGUCCUACUUCCGUGAUGUGCCAGGGGCUCACGGGUACCUGGCGCGGAUCCGGCCAGUGCAACCCACCCACCGCGGGACCUUCUCGUGCGUGAUCCUGCACGACCAACGACCCCUGGCGCGGCUCUACUUCUAUCUGAACGUGACCGGCCCUCCUCCGCCUGGGGAGACUGAGCUCCAGGUCACGUUCCGGGAAGUGAUGCAUUGGACGCCGCGGGAGGCGGAAAUGAUCGAGCCCUGGAGGCCCAGCCUAAGCGAACUGCUGGCCAGGCCCCAGGCUCUGACGCUUGGCAACCUGUUCCUGCUCGCGGCUGUUGCCGCACUCGUGUCUGCUAGCGUCACUGUGCUAGUGUGGUGAGUGCCAGCUUCCACCCUCGCCUCCCGCUGCUCCCCUUGUCCACGCCGCAGGCCUCCGACCCAGGAGUCCAGACUCCGUCCAUCCUCCGAGUCCAGAGCCCGGCCUCCUCCCUGAGCCCAACCCAGGUCUUCUCAGACUAAAGGUGUAUAGGCUCUAGACUACCUUCCUUAGACCCAGGGUUCUAGCCUGCAAUUCUCCUUCAGACCUAGGAGACCUAACCCCCUUUUCUCAGAGCCAGAAGUCCAGGUCCUAGCCCUCCUAGCCCAGGCUGAGAAAUCCAGAUUCUAUCCUUAUAGCUCAUAAACUUACAUAGUCUCGACACCAGGACUCCUUGUAGACUCAGGUCUAGGCUCUCCUUGCACUUUGAAAUCCUAAUGUGUUUCUGUCACUGGGCCCUCCUUCAACGCACACACUCGUUUAUUUUCCCAGGGUGUUUUUUCGAUGGUACUUAAGUGGCAGCUAAUGAGGAUAUCUGCCCUGAUUUGACAUUCUUCCCUGAAAUAAAGAAUGUAUUUCAGUUCUGGA